UAUUCAAUUUUGUAAAUAAAUAAAAGUGUUCUAAUAUGAUGAAUAUGAGUGUACAUCAUGUUGUAUAAAAGAACAUCACAUCUUAUCCAGACUGUCAUAAGAUAUUCUCAGCUCACAAACAUCGCCAGAAUGAGUUCUAAGCCUAGUGUUUAUGUGACUCGACCAGAUGUCGAUGAAAGUGGACUGGAUCUACUACGAGAAAGCUGCAAUGUGACCACUUGGUCGAAGGCCUCGGCAAUUCCACGGGAAGACCUGUUGCGCGAAAUUAAGGGCAAGGAGGCGCUAUUCUGUGCGCUCACUGAUCGAAUUGAUGCUGCUGUGUUGGAUGCUGCAGGUGAUCAACUUAAGUGUAUUGCGACGAUUUCUGUGGGUUACGAGCACAUCGAUGUCCACGAGUGUAAGCGACGUGGCAUUCGAGUGGGUUACACACCCGAUGUGCUGACGGAUGCCACAGCGGAGCUGACGUUGGCGUUGCUACUGGCCACCAAUCGUCGUCUGUUUGAAGCCAACAGGGAAGUGUACAAUGGUGGCUGGAAAUCAUGGUCGCCCAUGUGGAUGUGUGGAAAAGGAUUGAAGAAUUCACGUGUCGCCUUGUAUGGUUUUGGACGCAUAGGGCAAGAGAUUGCUGCGCGUAUUGUACCUUUCAAGCCCAGUCAGAUAACGUAUACGACACGUUCGCCGAAGCCGGAAGAGGCUGCCAAGGUCAAUGCUAAGCAUGUUGGCUUCGAUGAAAUGCUGAGCUUGUCGGACUUCAUUAUUGUCUGCUGUGCUUUAACCCCCGAAACAAAGGAAGUCUUUAAUUCAUCCGCUUUCGAAAAAAUGAAACCUCACUGCAUUUUUAUCAACACAGCUCGGGGUGGUGUUGUGGACCAAAAAGCAUUAACCGAAGCACUUAUCUCAAAACGUAUCAUGGCUGCUGGACUAGAUGUGACAACCCCUGAGCCCCUUCCACUAAACGAUCCUCUUCUUAAGUUGGAUAAUGUAGUAGUUCUUCCGCAUAUUGGUAGCGCUGACAUAGAGACUCGUAAGGAAAUGUCGCGAAUCACGGCUAGAAAUAUAAUCGCUGCUCUGAAAGGUUGUGAAAUGGAAUCGGAGGUGAAUUUUUAAAACCUUUUUUAAAUUAUAAAUA